AUGGAGAACGUUUCCGCCGAGGACGUUCCCGAAGUCAGCGGCGAACCGUCGGAACAUUUCUCCGACAACGUCGAGUACGAAAUGUUGAUCGACGAAUAUCUCGAAGGGUUUGCCGGAGAGUCGGAGGAGGAGGAUUCCGAUUCGAGUUUGUCGUCAAGUGGGUCGUCCAACUCGGAGGACGGUCCCCGGAUCAAGGCAGAGAAAUCCGCUUCCUUGGAAGAUGUUAAGCCGACCGAUGAAAGUUUGGAUUCCAACGAAUCGAUCGGUGCUCAGCUAGGUGAAUCUGGCGAACAGGACGUGACGUCUCCGGGGUGCUGGUAUCACCACAGCGAUUCCGGCAAAGAGUUCAUCAACGUACAGGAACCGAUACCGACCAAGGUUGCCCAGCUAAACUGUUCGGCCCGGCUUGUCGACGGUGACUUUGACAUUUGGUUGCACGACGUGGGCAGUUUGAUGCUUGUUGGCGAAGGAUUCAUAGCCAGGGUGGUACCGAUCGACGUGAACGAGUUGAGACAAGCCACAAGUUUCGCUCAGGCGAAAGCCGUACUCUUAAGUCAACUCCGAAUCGUCCGAAUUGUGCUGGAUGACGCUACGACGGAGCGCGAAAGUCAGCGAAAAGCUCUACACGAUCUCUUCGCCAAAAUUCGUCAAGAUCGUUCCAGCGCCGCUGAUGCCGCUCAGAUUCUCCGAAUCGCUGAAAGCUCAAACGCACUCACGUACCGCGAACUGUGCGAACAGCUUCUCGAAACUCCGUUGACAUCAGCCAAGCUUAGGGAACAAGCCGCCAAUCUGCUCCGGAUCGAGCGGGAAACCGAACGCAGAAACGAGUUUCUUCAGCGUUUUUCUCCCGGCUUCUCCGACGAUACGCGGGAGCUAAACAGCGCGCUAGAACGGUUCUGCGAGGUUGUCGUUUUGAACAAGGUGAACGCUUUGCUGGACGCGCCCCAGUUUCUGCGCGAUUUGCUGGAUGACGUUCCGAUGCGGACCAUUUACAGAGUUCACGAGGACGAUGUUGCGGCGUUUCGCGAAAUGGAGAAGGUGCUGGACGUGGAGAUUUUCCGCAAACCUUUGACGGAUCUUGCGAAACUUUGGAUCGAACGGGUGAAAUCUCAAGAAACGAGCGAUCCGCUGGUGAGCCCGAUUUACGUGUCGCUGUGUCGAAGCUUGGACGAGUUGAUUGCGGCCAUCAUCGCGCGUUCCGAUCACAGCCCGGAAGAAUUGCUCCGCAGCGAUCUACACGGAUGGCAUCCGCUGGAAACCGCGAUCAAGUGGAGGUCGGACACGGUACUUGCAGGGUGCCUUGAACGGGAGUACAACUUUCUGUUUCGACUGCUGAGUCGAAACGAGCGACCUUUUGAAGGAUCGAUCGCGAACGAUCAUCGCGUGUGGUUCUGCCUUCUCGAGGAAGUUUUGCGCGAUCUAGACCUGGGCGCGUUCGAACAAAUCGUGACGAGCUACUUGCAACUUCUAAAAAGGUCCAACAUCAGUCAAGCGGAGAAGAUCCGGGUCGUCACGCACAGUGUUGGCCGCUUCGUCGUGCAGACUUGUCCCCUCGCGAGCAGCGUCGAUUCCGACGAGGACAAGCAAAUUCUGCACUCGCAACUGGACGUCAUCAACCGAGCGAUGCUCAGCUUCGCCGAACCGUUCCCUGACCUCCUCGAGGUUGUCACCUGCUACUGGAAGAAUCGCUGUGAAAUCGUAGAGAAAUUCCCACGCAAGAAGUCCGGCGCCGAAAUGGAACAAAUCAAGAAAACACUGCUGAAGAUCGUGGCCGUUGCGUUGCGGAAACAGAGCGACGUCCCCAGCGUGAUUGCUCUGCUCCGUGCCUUCAACGCCUUCGUCGUCGAUCUGGACGGCGUUACGUUCGAAUGGUUGGUCAAGUCGCUGCCGGAAAAGCCGAAGAAAGCCGCACUCGCACUGGAGUACAUCGAACCGGUUGACAGCAAGUGGAGCGGAACUUCGCACCAAGCGUACCGCGUCACCGAGGCGGACAAAUUUCACCAGCUGUUUGCGGUACUGCUGGACGGAGCGACCUGUCCGCGGAACUACGCCGUCGACGUGGUCAACGAGUUGCUCGCGUGCGUCCAGUCUCAGCUCGAGCAGCGCGGUUGGUCGGAACAGGACCAGAUCGUGUCCGUCGGAGCCCUGCUGACGGCAAUUGGCGCUUCGUUGGCGCACCUGCGACGGCAAGCGGAGUACGAGACGUACGAACAGUUUCUGGAGGACAGCGUCCAGCCGUUUUGCGCCGUGGUUGAGCGGAGCCAGUCAAUGGACGAGUUCUGCAAGCGAAUACGGGGGAUCGAGGAAUCGUUUCGGGACGAGAUCAGCCUGUGGUUGAAGACGUUCGGCGAGUUGAACGACGCGGACAGUUUCAGCGCAGAGGAGAUGAAACGAACGUAUCUUCAGUACGGAGAACACUUUGUGAAGUACGCGACGGAGUCUGGUCCGGCACUGGCGAGUUCGCUGCAAGCUUCCGUUCAUCCGACGCACUUCAAAGUGUGGACUCAUCAGUUCAAGCAGACCGAGCUGCCCAAGAUCCUCGCCGGUGUGGCCGCAGUUUGGACGAAAGCGAGUUACAACAGGCCCCACUGCUCGCAGAUCAUGGCCGUGCUCCGGCUGCUCGGCGCGGACAAAUACAAGCAGGGCAUCCUGAAGCACUUGGCCCAGAUUCCCGCCGGUGGGGGAAAACCGCUCGUAUUAGCACUGAUCGCCGCGGUUCUGGCCCUAACCGGCCACCGGGUUCUGCUGAUCUACCGCAGCAAAUACCUGGCAAAACGAGACGCAAACAAGUUUGCCCGAUUGCUCAAGCUGCUCGGCGUUAUCGAAGCGGUUAAAUACGGCACCUACGACGACAUGGUCGACGCGGUCAUUGCUCCUCGCGUGGACGGCGAACCGCUGGAGCUGCAGACGCUGGUGAGUGACCUGAUACUUGCACCGCCAGACAAGCAACGACCGGCCAAACUGAGUGCGCAGCAUCCGCCAGUUCUUCUCGUGGACGAGGUGGACGUUUUCUUCGACAAAGAAGUCUACGGCAAGGAGUACUGUCCCGGAGCGUUCCCCGUCGUUCCGGGUUUGGAGCAAAUCCAGGUAAAAAUCUGGAAGCUGGUCACCGAUCGUGGCCUGCGAGAUGUCCAGGAAGUGAUGACACGAAUUGAAAAGCUCAUUUCCUCGCCGCGCUUCACUAGAAAGCAAGAGUUCGACACAUUCCUCAACAAUAAAACGCCCUUCGAUCUGAUCGUAACGCUGACCUCGGACAACCACGUGCGCAAACAGUUUACCAACAGAAACUUGUUCUACGCGGAGUUUCAAUCGAUGGUCGAGAAUGCCAUUUCGGUCGCAACCGACCGCGCCCAGUACGCCGACUUCAAGCUCAACCAGCAGGGCGCGAUCACCUACCGCGACGGAGAUCGCUUCGUGACCUGGUCCAUUCCGGGCUACAAGUCGGUGUUCAACUACUUCCGACUGAAGCACCACAACUUCGAGCUCAGAGUCGGCUCCACCAAAAACUACGGCUACCUGAACGUCGGUUGCGGACUAUUCGCGUACGCCCUGCUGCCAACGGCCUUCCCGCUGAUCCUGGCAGUCACCGCAAGUCCGCUUGCCACGCUGAACCACCACGAAAGAGAAACCCUCAACCGAUUCUACGACAUCCACCAAUCGUCAACCCUACCAAACUCGCGCACCCAGUUCAAUCCCGACCGAGACUUCACCCACCGCCCAACCAAGCCACUCUGGAUGGAGCAGAUCCUCUCCCGAGCCAAAGCGCAACCCGUUACCCAACCCGUCAUCAUCUUCUUCCGCACGCCCACCCUGCUGGAAGAGUUCCGUGCCCUGCACGCGCGCCACCUCGACCACGUCCAAAUCCUCACCGAGCAGUCAGCCAAGGAUCAGAUCGAGCAGGUCGGCACCGCCGGCCGGAUUACCCUGGCCACGCGCGGAGUGGCACGUGGCGUCGACUACGGCGAAGACCUGCACGUGAUCCGGACGUUCUUCUCGGUGGAAGAUCGGAGGGAGGAAGCUCGGAUUGGCGGGUGCUACGAGCUGAUUGUGUGCGAUGAACACUUGAAGGAGGAUGGACUAGUUGGGGCGGAUUUCGGAGGGACGUACGCGGAACUGGAGAAGGCCAGAGCGGUCGUUGGGUCGCGGGAGAGUGAGGUAAUUUUUAAAUUGAUAGAGAAAAGUGAGAAGAAUCACUUUGCCACGAUGAUGUAUCUGCAAUCGUUUUUCGAGUGA